AUGACUACCUACCUUCCUCUGGCUGAUGUCACUCCUCUAGCGACAAUCGAGGUAUUCCCUGCAAUUCCCUCCUCUUCCUUCCCUUUUACUGCUGCCGCCUCAACGGCUCAAGGGCGAUCCACCGCAGUUCCGGUCGCGACUCUACGAUCGAACGUAGUGAAACUGGAGAAGUCCUCCCCAAUACCGUCCGCAUUGACCUCCGUGGAUGCGGAAACACUAGCAGGCCACAAACACAAGCUCAAAUGUACCUCUGCACGAGGUGUAGCGAAUCUUACCCCCGAACAAUUGGCGAAGAAGCGAGCCAGGGACCGGCAGGCCCAGCGUGCCAUUCGCGAAAAGACGAAGGCUCAUAUUAAUCUCCUGGAACGACGGGUCCGCGAACUAUCGACGCAGAAGCAGUUCUUGGAUCUUCAGGCGGUAUUGAGGCAAAAUGAAAUCAUCCAAGCAGAAAACCGGAAGAUCAGGCAAGGGCUAAAGGCGAUCAUGGAUAUUCUUCAGCCAUUGCUGGGAGACCAAGAGCUGAAUACUCUGCCUUCCACGCCUUCCAGAACCGCUACUCACAUUCCCUCAGUAACAUCAACGCCGCCUUUAUCUGACAGCUUGUGUUUCUCAGCCAAUUCCGAGAGGUCAGCCGCAGGCGAACAACCGUACACUGAGUCUGCUGCGAGCACAGGGGCAUCUUCUUCCACCGCCCAAGCGGCCGUCACAUCUGGCACGGCACGCCAUGAUAUCACAACGAGCGGUCCAGCUUAUUCUCGCAUUGUGUUCGACGACCAGCGACAUAAUAUGGCUCACGGUCUGGCCUCUGGCGGAACGGAUGAACGAAUGGGCUUCAAUUUCCUGCUUGAUGCAUCGCAGCGAGUACCCAAAGACUUCCUUCAUAACCGACAACAUCAAGCAGCGAAGAGGGUAUUGGAGCAGAGUGUCGUGGGCUCCCCUUAUCCCAGGGUCUUGUCCUCGCUCAGUAAGGAGGAAGGCGUCUAUCCGCAUUCCUUAUCAAACAUUUUUCCAAUCCCUGAUGGUUAUGAUCGAUUGCCUGAGUGGCUCAACCCUCGUCGGUCGCAGCUUCUCACAACCCCGACAGAACGCGUCCCAUCUUCCGGUGAUGGGGACGAGCUUAUGAUCAAUCUUGUCUUCGAAAGGCGCUUCCGCAAUCCCGGCAACUGGUUGCUGGGACCCGCUUUUGCAGAAGCUUAUCCUUCCUUGGUUAGCACACAUGAUUCUGUAUGGCACCUGCCGGCCCCGAAUUCUCGGAAGGAGCUCCAUGAACGCAGGGAAAUCUAG